AUUUCUGUUUUAGAAUUUGUGCUAUUGCUCAUAAUAAUAACAACCCUCACCGGCAUCUGACGUAUAACAAAAAUGGCGGCGCCCAUGUUACAGUGGAGACUGUUGUCGGUGACUAAUUCAGUCUAAAUAUAAAACGAUUAUUUAAUCGAUUGUUGAUAUUGUUACUCAUUAUAAAGCCUACAUGAUAAAGUCUUCUAGUUCAGCGGGUCCAUCAUCCUCUUCUCACCAGAUGAAGGAAAACAACCACCCCUCCAGUGGUCAGGCCUUCCUGGACCAUAUCAAGCCAUGCUGGUACUGGGACAAGAAGGACCUGGCCCACACCCCGUCCCAGUCUGAGGGCCUGGACCUGGCCACAGAGGCCCGAUACCGCAGGGAGGGGGCCCGGUUCAUCUUCGAUGUGGGGACCAGACUCGGACUACAUUAUGACACCUUGGCAACAGGUAUCAUCUACUUCCACCGUUUCUACAUGUUUCACUCUUUCAAACAGUUCCCCAGAUAUGUGACCGGUGCGUGUUGUCUCUUCUUGGCUGGGAAAGUGGAGGAGACUCCUAAGAAAUGUAAAGACAUCAUCAAGACGGCUCGCAGCUUACUGAACGAUGUACAGUUUGCCCAGUUUGGAGACGACCCAAAGGAUUUUCGCCACCAACAGGAAGAGGUUAUGGUGCUAGAGAGGAUCCUGCUACAGACGAUCAAGUUUGACCUGCAAGUGGAACACCCUUACAUGUUCCUCCUGCGAUACGCCAAGCAGCUCAAAGGUGACAAAACCAAAGUUCAGAAACUGGUGCAGAUGGCCUGGACCUUCGUCAACGACAGUCUGUGCACCAUGCUGUCCCUGCAGUGGGAACCAGAGAUCAUAGCUGUAGCAGUCAUGUACCUGGCUGGACGGCUGUGUAAGUUUGACAUCCAGGAGUGGACGUCCAAGCAGUCUUCACGGAGAUGGUGGGAGCAGUUUGUCCAGGACGUCCCAGUGGAGCUGCUAGAAGACAUCUGUCACCAGAUCCUGGACCUGUACUCCCAGGGGAAGACCCCCAUCCCCUCGGGUCUGGAGCUGGAGACCAAGCAGAGAGGACCCCCCCAGCCCCCUGUCCCAGCCCCCCCACAGCCUCCAGGGGGUGUCCCACUACCCCCCCCACCCAAGAGGAUCUCCCCUCAAGGCAGCCCCCCACGCCAUCCAAAACGCCCACAUAGCUCUCCAAAAGAGGAACCCAAACCUCCAGAACAAGUGGGUUCUAAGAUUCCACGGUUGGAGAGCCCUAUGCCCCCCCUGCCCGCUUCUCAACCGCUGCCUGAUCGUAAGGCUCCCCCAGUGCCUCCUGAAGCUGAGCCAGCCACGGGUAGCGAGCCCGUUCCCCCUCCCCCCUCUCACGCGCCACCCCCCCACCAGCCCCCUCCCCUGCCCCACCGCCCCCCUCCUCCUCCUCCCUCUAGUUACAUCAUGGGAAUGUCCACCUCUAGCUCCUACAUGUCAGGGGAAGGCUUCCAGAGCCUUCAGUCUAUAAUGAAGACAGGAGAACCGUCCUAUGCCCCCAUGCCCCCCAACUACGGUCCCCCCAUGCCCUAUCAUCCUCAUGGCUACCCCAACGCUCCACCCCCAGGACCCCCACCCAGCACUUACCCACCCCACAACCUGCCCCCUCCCUCUCCGGCCUACCCUCCACCAGGCUACAACUACCCUGAGUACCCCCCGCCACGCAUGCCCCCAGGGCACGGGGUGCCACCUCCGGGGAUGGGCAUGCCUCCUGGGGGGUACCCUCCACCGCCAGGCCAGCCCCAGGUGCCCCUGCAACCCCCUGGCAUGCCAAUGAACCGUGGGGGAUGGAUGAGAUGAAAGGAGGAGUGGUGGAGGAGAGAGGGAAAGAGAGAGAAGGAUGAAAGAGUGGAGGAAUGUCUGAAGCUAACAGUACACUUCCUGUUGUGCAGAACUUUAGCUGGGUCGUGUUCAUUAGUCACCAAACGGAAGAAACUGACUACUGAGGGGCUACCUGCACUUGUCCAAUAGGAAAUGCUCAUUUUUGUUUCUGUUGCAAAACUGUUUGGUACACUGUGUCCUAAUGAAUACAAGCCUGGAGUCCACUGGAGAUGUUAACAAACAAAAGAUUUUUACCUCAGAGAGCCAUGUCUGUUCUACACUCUCUUGGCUGCUUGUGGAAUCCCAGGCAUGUAAAGGUUACGACCUCUGGAAUCUGUCCUGCCAUUCUGUAGAGAUUCUAUCAGUACCACAUUCCAAGUGGUUCCUUUUGAGAAAGACGAGGCAGAUCAUAUUGAAGUCUUGACAUGGUUGAACAUAUUUUGAGACGUACUGAAAGGAAAUACAAUUUAUAUUUAGACUGAAGGUUCGAAUGAUGCUAUAAAACCUGCUUGUUUUUGCUUUAGUUUUUAGUCUGCAUCGAAAAAGGAUAUAUUUUCAGUACUGUGAUAACUUUACCCUGUGUGUAUGUGGAGAACAAGUUGGGUUAUCGCAGAAAAUACCAAACACAUUUGUCUUUUUAUUUAGCUGUGUGAAUAUUGAUUCGUCUGUAAGUCGUAUUGGACUGGAUGUAACAUAUAUAAUAUCAGGAAUAGCUCUUCCACUGUUAGUCAUGAGCUGAAAGACAUCGGCAACCCAUAUCUGGUUCUGAACAGCCGGUGGAUAGGACCCUGGACAGGCAGGAGUGUAUUUGUACAUGAUAAAGUUACUAGGUCUUUCUAGACAGCUCAUAUCCUUAGUUAAUCAGGCUUUACUUUAAGACAAUUGCGUUCUCCCUCCCUACACACCCACACUUGAUUUUGUGUCUCACAGGCACUCGGGAUAAUAAAAUAAAAAGUCUAAACUAGUGUUGUCUUUAUUUAGUCUGUGUUGAAGUAGUCUAGUAUGUGUUACCAUACUGCCUAGACUGGUUCAUCGUGUGCAGAAUCCUGGGGUUUGAGGCUGGUGGUGUGUGUUUGUUCACAACUUUGUUGUGUUGUGUUCUUGACAGUAUUAAAGUCAGGUUCAAAUUG